AUGACGAUGGGAACAAAUGUACGCCUUUUGGGAUCAGCCGAGUUCGGUGCUACAGCUGUAAUUGGAGAUGAUUCAUCUUGCCAUCUUACAAUAACAAGCGGUUUUUCGUUGUCAUCAGCUGCGCAUAUGCUGGGAGGAUUUUCAAAACUUACGUCGUUGAAUCAUCCCCAUCUCUGCAAAUACGUCGAGUUUAUUCGAUCAACAGUUCUUGGGAAUGCAGGUUUCGUGAUUUCGGAGCAUUAUUCACGAUCAGCCGUUGAAGAAUUGAAAGAAUGUAAAAAGUUGGAAGUAGCGCGAAUCAUAUCGUUAUUGCAACCGGUCUUGUCCGCUUUCACGUAUUUGCAUUCUCGAUAUAUCACUUUUGGAUGCUUCAGCUUAAAUUCAGUCCUCCUUUCAUCUCAGAAUUUAGUUCGACUAGCUCAGUAUGGUUUGCACUGCAUCAGUGGUAGUAGAAGAGAUUUAGAGUAUUACACAUAUUCUUCUUGGUACCUUCCUCCAGAACGUUUCUUGCAAGCCGAAAUCAAAAACGAUUUCAUUUGUCGAGCUGGAGAUAUCUGGUCAUUUGGAAUUGCUGUACUUGAGCUUUCAAUCGGGUGUCUUCUGUCCGAAAUUUGGUCUCCAAAACAGUUUUAUUCUACACUGAGUGUUUUAAUCAGAAAUAAAGGACGGAAUGGCUCCAUUUUCUCGUUAUUGUUAGCUAAAAUUCAACAGAAGAAACCAAAUAUUCAUAUUACGUCAAAUAUCGCAAUUAUGAUAAUACUUGAGAAAGCCCUAUGUGUUCUUCCGUCACAACGACCUACUGCGAAGGCGUUACUUUCUAUAAUCAGCAGUGAAAAUAACAGCUACUCAAACGUAAACAAGGAUUAUAGCUUUUAUGGUAGUGAAAGCGAUGAAGACAGUCUAAGGGAAAGUGUUGAACAUAUAAGGGAGUCCUUGGAAGGAGAAGAAACAGAAAUAACUCGAAAUUUACCAGUUCACGAAGCCUUUUUUUUAUGGAAAUUAUGUGGAAGUAGCAUUGAAACUAUUCUUAUUAACCAUGAUAUUAUUAAAGCAAAUCCACCUGUUAUCGCUUUACCAUAG